AUGAUGCUUUGAAUCAUGGAAUAAUAGUAGAUCUUUAAACAACAAUAGAACAACAACAUUUACUACCAAUUACCAAAACAAAAAUUUUUCUAACAUGAAAUUUCUCAUAAGUUUUCUACUAAUCUUUACCAUUACCCUACAAACAAAGGCCGCUUAUAGGGACAAUCUUCUUUACGACGACUCCAACCAAAAACUCAACGAUUCAAAAGCCUUAAAAAACUGUGACGAACGCGUUUGUUCGCGUAUUUAUCGUCCCUUAUGUAUAUCUGUUGAUGGCAUACAGACCACUGUUGCCUCUCGUUGUCACUUGGCUAAACUUCGUUGUGAUGCUAUGAAACAUAAGUUGGAGAAUUCCAAAGCUCCCCGACCCAUUAUACGUGUGGUGCAUAUUGGCGGUUGUUAUGAUAAGCCUAAAAGAAGACCAAAUUCAAAAUGGUUGCGCUAUCCCGAAGAUGGUAAAUACAAAGGACGCUAUUGAGCAGCAGGAGUUUUGCAAAAUAUAGUUAAUAAUUUAUUUAGUUUAAUAAAAUAUUAGUUAAUUAAACAAAA